UGAAGCGGCUAUCAUGGCAUUCGACCGCGUCGGGCUCCAGCUCAGGCACCGGACCCAUUCUCACAAUCUCUGCCGAUGCGGACGCAGUCAUUCUCGGUCAGCGCGACUCCAUCCCGGCAGUACCCGCUAUCCCUGCGGUACUACCAGAGAGUUCUUCUCAGCCGCGUUCUCUAGGUGCUCUUGCUAGCCGAAUUACCAGGGCGACAACGUCCAAAGCAUCGUCGAGCAUUGCGACUGCGUCACCAGUACACAACACGGCAGAGCUCACGGCGAAUGGAAGCCCAGUUGUCAAGAUCAGUCCCAUUCGAUCGAUGCAGCCAGCGAGGAAGCCUAGUCUUGACGCUCAUUCUCCCCAGCUGCCUUCGUCUCCGUCUAUGAUCUUCCCAGACGCGACGACUGUUAAGAGCACACCCGAGGUAAUUGCAGGGGCUGAACGCAGUGUAUCGCCGAUGUCAAAUAGGUCCGCGACGCGUACACCUGAGCCCAGGUCUGUACCGUUGCUUCGAGACUUCUCUGAACCGCCUGUGGAUUCCUGGGACGCUUAUCGGCUUGAAGACCUUUCGGAGCCUGCGAUUGCGCCAAAAUCUGAUGACUCCCUCAAUGUCAGCAAAGUCAGGCGGACAGCACCAGCACGUGAGGACGCGAGUCCCUCACCAAGCUCGUUUGACCAUUAUACUGUUCAGGACGACUCAACCGCAAACGCCAGUGCUGCCGAGUUGAGUUCUUCGUCUCUGCCUCAAGCUGAGCUAUCACGCGACACGGUCCGUACCCAGGAUCCUCCUAAGCCAAGGACCGCGGAGACUGCCAGGUCGAUCAGUAUUGGCAACCCAUUGGGUCGCGGAAUACCUAAAGCUCGUCAGCCUUUUCGCCGCCAAUUCACACCUGUGGUCUCCUCGUCACCUGCAGAAGAUAUAACCCCGGAUAACCAUGACAAGAAGACUGUGACGAGCAAGGUCAAAGCCAAACGCAGUAUUCUCAACCUGUUCAACCGUGAGAAGACGCGCACAAGAUUACCAGAGCCGGCGGCAUCCAAGCAAGGAUUCAUGAGUAGCACGCAAAGCUCGCUCGCUAAGGUCUUGCGCGAUCCCAAGAGCCUCUCGAAAGUCCAUCUGCCUAGAAAGACUGAACCGAAGCUGGAGACUGAGUCUGAUCAUGUCUUUAAUAAGAAGAGUUACCAGCCAGGCAUGUUCGCUGCAUUUCCCAGCGGUAGAGCCACCCCGGCCGAACAGCCAUCGUCUGGAAGGCCGAGCCAUGCAGAUGAGAUGCUCCACGACAUCGUCGAACGCAUAGAUGCGCAACCUGAGAAUUCACAAGAGCGUCUGCGUCACGUGGAGAUUGCAGAGUGUAUCAUUUCGGCCGCUGAUAGUUCUCGCAAAGCCAACAUCAGCGCUAUGGAAGCGAGGAAGAAUGCUUGUGAAGCGGAAUAUCAUGCAGACCGCGUCACGUCAGAAUUCACACGCCUGCGCGAGCUACUCGACACCACGGCGAUUGAUGCUCAGUCCCUGAGAUAUAUCAAGAGUUUCCUAACUAAGGUUGAACGCAAACGAUCGAGAGAGGAGGUUCGUCGAGGAUUCAUGCCGGGAUUCCAUACAGCAUGUUGAGGGUAUUUGGCAUUCUUGACUGUGCCCGCAAACCGACGGUUAACAAAGAAUAGCACGGCGGGACGACUGUACCAUACCCCACGAUUGCGCCCUUUUACGGUCUCGCGAUGCUACGAAAGCAUACGUUCAUGGACCGACCCGAUGUUUUGCCCACUAUUUCGCAAGAACAUCAUCUAAUGAUUGGAAGACGACACGGCUGGACACUGAAUUAGUUGACCGGACU